AUGUCUAGUCCACUCGUUACUCGGCGUAACGGCAAAAAGCAAGCAUGCGAGCCAUGCCGGCGCCGAAAGGUGGCGUGCGACCACGGUUACCCAAUAUGUCGCCGUUGUAGGAAACGGCCGAAUGGUGCAUCUGCGUGUUACUAUGCGUUGCCUGACCGUCCCUCUGACACAAGUCACUCUCAGCAGCCAGUGUCCGGGGUAUCGGCUCUGAACGCCGGGGCCGCCGAAUCUUCAACCCGGCAAACCCGAAACUUCGGGCCUGAUGAUGGGCUAUGGAGUUCGCCUGCGGCUCGACCUCCGCAGGGCUUCUUUGGACCUACCAGCUUUCCUGCGGCAUAUCAGGAGACUGAGGCGAAUCUGGCUGCGCAAGGUCCUCCAGUUGUAGAUGUUGAUGCUCCUCUUUCACCAUCGAUGUCGGCUCCGCCAUCAGUGGCGGAGAUACAGACAAUGGUGAAUAUGGAUCAAGGAGCAAGCCAACUCGCUAUCAAAGUCCUCCAAGCAUUGCCCGAAAAGCCUCUCAUAUCUAGACCUAGACCCAAGGUUAGUCUUGACGAUGGCUGGUUAGCAAGCAUCGGUGAUAAACUCAUAACCAGUACCUGGGACAGCUUCGGGUCUUAUCUUUGCGACAAAAGCAACACAGCAAAGCUUCGUGAGAUGGGGAGCAGAAUAUGUAUUAACACACGAAAAACGCUUAGGGAGGACCAGGAUGACCCGGCUGCAUGGAUAGAAAGCUUCUCGGGGGAGAAUCUACGCUGGGAGACUGUUGGCGUUAUGUUUCUCUACACAGCUCUGAGCGAGAUAUCAGCCACUUCGAAUGAAGAGUCAAAGAAUAUCAUACGCCAGUGCACCGACUACUGCGCUUCUUGUAUAACCCUUGCGAAUAUGGGCGGGAGUUCUGGUACACUUAUGCUGUUUCUGAUGUACAGGCGAUCUGUCCUCCAUGCGUGGAUGCAUGGCGAGACCAGUCUGCCAUACUGGAAGUUUCAUGCCGAAACAGUUGCAAUGUUAACAUUCUCCGGUCUUCAUGACAAUCGAGCCAAGUCAACAUCACCGAAUAUAUCAUCAGUACCUACCGAGAUCCGCAGGCGUAUCGGAUGCCAGAUCUUCAUAGUUGACAAGUUUCUGGCAACCUUUGUUGGAAGACCGCCUCUCCUUACACGCAGAUUCUGUUCUAUCAAGUGGCCACUUGACCUAAAAGAAUCAGACUUACUGUCGGACAAACACUCCUUCCAGAGGCAAUCUCAACGCCUUGAUCAGGAUGGAUGGAACACAGAUGGCCGAAUCUACUCGAGCUCGCUUUUGCGUGUCCGCAUGAAGAUUGCGUUGGUGAGAGACGAGAUCCUCGAAGUUGUACACGCUCAGGACGGAUAUUACAGGGUCACAGAUAUCAUGGAUCUAAAAGCGAAACAACUUGAACUCUACAGGCAACUCCCUCAGCACCUUAUCUGGGAUCCUACUACAGAAGACAUAACAGAAAUAGACCUUGAGAUAGGGUAUCCAAAGCUGCUCAUAAGACUAGACCAUUUGCUCAAUAGUUUCCUCAUCCAGCGAUUGUUCGUCAAGCACGGUCAUCCAAGAAAUGACCUUUUGCGAACCAGUUUCGAGAUGGUCGUUUUGACGUUGAAUUUCUGGGCUCAGAAGCAUGUAUGGGCUGUUUUGCAAGGUAAAUGCCGAUGGAUAAUCAUGGGAUAUGCUACCCUCGCCGGAGCCGUCUUGUGUAUGGAGCUCAUAGAACCCGUUCCAGUGACCAUGUCCCAGCAUGAAAGUAUCAUUGCGGGCGAGACGUAUUCUCGAUCCUCAAUCAUUCAGCAACUCAGCCUUCUAUUGGGUUAUCUCAAGACUUCAUGUCCAUCACAAACACACUGUUCAGUUGCGCACAAUGCCAGAGCAGUGAUAAAGAAGGUCCUUGAUCAUAUUCUGAAUCAUCCGACUGUAACUCAGCCAGUAACAGAGUUUGAAGGAUUCGAUUUCGCUGGUAGCUGGGAUCAUUUCUCGUAUUUUAGUGCGCUAGAUAACUUUGACUGGCUUAUGGAGGAACGUGGGAUUGAAGAGCCGCCUGACAUUCUGUAA